GCCUGGAAGAAACGCUGGUUUAUCCUGCGGAGUGGCCGGAUGAGCGGUGACCCCGACGUCCUGGAAUACUACAAGAAUGACCACUCCAAGAAGCCCCUGCGGAUCAUCAACCUCAACUUCUGUGAGCAGGUGGAUGCAGGCCUGACCUUCAACAAGAAGGAGCUGCAGGAUAGCUUUGUGUUUGACAUCAAGACCAGCGAGCGCACCUUUUACCUGGUGGCUGAGACCGAGGAGGACAUGAACAAAUGGGUCCAGAGCAUCUGUCAGAUCUGCGGCUUCAGUCAGGCUGAGGAGAGCGCAGAUUCACUGAGAAACAUUUCCUCAGCCAGUCACGGCGCCCGCUCCUCUCCAGCCGAGCUCAGCAGCUCCAAUCAGCACCUUCUCCGAGAACGAAAAUCCUCAGCCCCAUCCCACUCCAGCCAGCCGACCUUGUUCACCUUCGAGCCCCCCAUGUCCAACCACAUGCAGCCCACCUUGUCCACCAGUGCACCCCAAGAGUAUCUCUACCUGCACCAGUGCCUAAGCCGGAGAGUGGAGAACACCAGGAGUGCCAGCUUCUCUCAGGGCACCAGGGCCUCCUUCCUCAUGAGGAGUGACACAGCUGUACAGAAACUUGCCCAGGGCAACGGACACUGUGUCAACGGGGUCAGCGGUCAAGUCCAUGGCUUCUAUAGCCUCCCCAAGCCGAGCCGGCACAACACAGAAUUCAGAGACAGUGCCUACGACCUGCCCCGGAGCCUGGCCGCCCAUGGCCACACCAAGGGCAGCCUCACAGGCUCCGAGACGGAUAACGAGGACGUGUACGCCUUCAAGACGCCCAGCAACGCCCUGUGCCGGGAGUUCGGGGACCUCCUGGUGGACAAUAUGGAGGUGCCGGCCACCCCCAACUCGGCCUACCAGAUCCCUAGGACCUUCACCCUGGACAAGAACCACAAUGCCAUGGCAGUGGGUGCUCCUGGGGACUCGGCCAUAGCUCCCCCACCCAGACCCCCCAAGCCAAGCCAGGCAGAAACACCUCGCUGGGGCAGCUCUCAGCAGAGACCCCCCAUCAGUGAGAACAGCAGAUCGGUCUCUGCCGCCACCAUCCCCAGGCGCAACACCCUCCCGGCCAUGGACAACAGCCGGCUUCACCGAGCUUCUUCCUGCGAGUCCUAUGACCACCCUCAGCGAGGCGGAGAGAGUGCAGGCCGCUCUUCAGAGUCCAUGAGUGACGGAGUCAGUUCUUUCCUGCCGGGGGAAAACACUCAUAGGGCCGAUCAGACAGCACCAAUUUCCGAAGACAACUAUGUGCCCAUGAAUCCCGGCUCCUCCACUCUGCUGGUCUUGGGAGCGAGAGGGGUCAGAGACUCACCCUGUGUGUCACAUGUAAGUGUGACAUCAUUAUUCACGGCCGAUAACACAACUUUCCUUCCUGCUCCAGUGAAGCCAACACCACUCGACCUGCGGAGCAACACCGUCAUCGAUGAGCUCCCCUUCAAGUCCCCUGUCACCAAGUCUUGGUCGAGGGCCAUCCACAGCUUCAACUCCAGCUCCUCCCAGUACUGCCGCCCCACCUCCACCCAGAGCAUCACCAGCACAGACUCAGGAGACAGUGAGGAGAACUACGUCUCUAUGCAAUACCCAGUGUCUGCCUCGCCCAUUCCCAGCGGCACCAACAGUCCAGCCCCUAAGAAGAGCACCGGCAGCGUCGAUUACCUGGCCCUGGACUUCCAGCCAAGCUCUCCGAGCCCCCACCGCAAGCCGUCCACAUCGUCUGUCACUUCCGACGAGAAGGUGGACUACGUCCAAGUGGACAAGGAGAAGACCCAGGCCCUGCAGAGCACCAUGCAGGAGUGGACAGACGUGCGGCAGUCCUCGGAGCCUUCCAAGGGUGCCAAGCUGUGAUGGGGCUGCCAAGCCUGGAGAGGGGCCAGGCACUGAAGCUGGCUCCUCCCCCUCUCCCCUCUCUCCUCUCCUGUUGCCCCUUCCAACCUCCCCUCUACUUGGCCACCCUUGGCUUCAAAGCACCGAGGCCAGGGACCCUGAGCCUUUCCUGGGAGGUAGGGCCUGACGGAGGCACCAC